UAACAAGCUUUGCCUUAUCAUCCAAACUGUCCAAAAAAGCUGAUAUGAAAAUAAGCAGGAAGAAAAAAGGGAAGUAAGUGGAGUCGAGUCCUCUCUGUGGGUGUGUUUUAACGCCUUGCAUCACAGACUAAAGCACAUUUUAGGAGCUACUGAGGCAGACGUUAAUGUCAGAGCUUCAAACCUCAGCAUCUAUAGCUGUUCGACUGAUGCUUUCGCUUUCUGGCUGCUGGAUCUUUAAUCUCAUCUGACACAGCACUGUUGCUCUGACUCUAUGAACAACAGUGUAGAUCCAUCUGGGUUGAAUCAUGUCAGAAAACAUCCUGGAAGAUCUCUUCAUCAAAAGAUCUCAGCAGAAGAAGAAGACAUCUCCUCUGAACUACAAGGAGAGAUUAUUCGUUCUGACGGCAGAAAAAUUAGCCUACUACGACUAUGAUGCAGACAAAGGGAAGCGAAAAGGUCUGAGGGGUUCCGUUGAUGUUGAGAAGAUAAAGUGUGUGGAGACGGUCGAGACAGAGCCCAACGCUCCACAGGAGCGAAGGUUUGCUUUCCAGGUGGUCUACGAUGAAGGGCCUCUAUACAUCUUUGCAAAGUCUGAGAACAGUCGUACCGAGUGGAUUACAAAGCUAAAAGAACUGGUGCGCUACAACAAAGACCUGAUGCAAAAGUAUCACCCCUGUUUCUGGGCUGAUGGCGUGUGGCUGUGCUGCCAACAGGAAGUUAAACAAGCUAUGGGUUGCAAAAUAUUGGAUAAGAAUGGUUAUGCAUCUAGAACGAGGUCGACUAGAAAGCCUCUUCCACCGACCCCAUCAGAGGAAAAGCCCAGUCCCAGUCGCCGUCUUCCACCGCAGCCUGAGUCAGCUGCUCCUUCUUCAAGCAUGACUGUCAUAGCUGAGUAUGAUUACACGCCCAUGACAGCCCAAGACCUGGAGCUGAGGACGAAUGAGGAGUACACCAUUCUGGAGAAGUCAGACCCCAACUGGUGGAGAGCCAGAGACAAAUACGGGAAAGAAGGCUACAUACCAAGUAAUUAUGUUGCAGAAGCAGAGUCCGGCCUUGAAAGAUUUCAUUGGUACUGCAAGAACAUGAACCGCAGUCAAGCAGAACAGCUGUUAAAGUCUGAGAACAAAGACGGCGGUUUCUUGGUGCGGGACUCAAGCAAAGCUGGGAAAUACACCGUAUCUUUAUUUGCCAAGAGUGGCGCGGAAACAGGUGGAAGCUGCAGACAUUACAACAUCUGCACAACCCCACAGGGCCAGUUUUAUCUGUCAGAGAAGCACAACUUUGACACCAUCCCAGAGCUCAUCAACUAUCAUCAGCACAAUGCCGCCGGUAUGGUUUGCAGGCUGAAGCAUAUUGUGUCUAAUCGGGCGCGACCUCCGUCAACGGCAGGACUCGGCUAUGGCGUGUGGGAGAUUGACCCCCACUACCUCACCUUCAUCAAAGAGCUCGGCACGGGCCAGUUUGGAGUGGUGAAGUAUGGGAAAUGGCAGGGCCAGCACGACGUAGCCAUCAAGAUGAUUAAAGAGGGCUCCAUGUCAGAAGAUGAUUUCAUUGAGGAAGCCAAAAUCAUGAUGAAGCUUCGCCAUGAGAACCUGGUGCAGCUGUACGGUGUCUGCACCAAGCAGAGACCUAUUUAUAUCGUGACUGAGUUUCUUGCAAAUGGGUGUCUGCUGACAUAUCUCAAGGAAGGCCUGAUCCAGCACCCAACUGCCGACCAGCUCUUGGAGAUGUGUAAGGAUGUAUCUGAGGGCAUGGCCUACCUCGAGUCACAGCAGUAUAUCCACAGAGACCUGGCUGCCAGGAACUGCUUAGUAGAUGCAAAUGGCACAGUCAAAGUGACUGACUUUGGUCUAUCAAGAUACGUUUUAGAUGAUGAGUACACAAGUUCUGUUGGCUCAAAGUUCCCAGUUCGAUGGUCUCCCCCUGAAGUCCUCCUCUACAGCAAAUUCAGCAGCAAGUCAGACAUCUGGGCUUACGGGGUGCUGAUGUGGGAGGUGUACACUUUGGGUAGACUUCCAUAUGAACGCCUCAACAACUCAGAAAUUGUGGACCAGGUUUCACAUGGCUUCCGUCUCUACCGCCCUCAGCUGGCCAACGAAAGAGUCUACAAAAUUAUGACAAGCUGCUGGCAUGAUAAACCAGACGAAAGGCCCACCUUUCAAGACCUGGUGCUGAUUGUCCAGGAUCUUCUGUAUGAGCUCCAGUAGACCUCAGACCCACCUCCACAGCGCAGCAUCUCUGUCUGUUCCUGGAAGAUAAACACAAUCAUAAAAACUGUUACCAGUUUGAAUACAGGGCUCAAAGACCAUACAAAUAUCCUCUGUAAUGUGAAUAUUUGACUGUCAAAAUAUCACAAUUACUCACUUGCUUUUACAUUUUAUUUGUAAAAAUGCAUUCAGCUGGACUGUCCAUAUUUCCACUUAUCUCUGACAACUAUUAUCUUUUCCUUUGAGUGUAAGUCUGUCUGGAAUGUAGACAACAUUUAGUUCGAUUUGUUUUUUUAAUGCAGUGUAAGCUUAUGUUUUGCACAAAUAAAGCCAAGUAUGCUAGGCUUUCAAA